GAGGGUAGAGACUAGAGAGAUUGACCGACCAGACGAGACCAGGGAAGGGGAGGGGAGGGCAGAUCACGUCAUCUCGCGUCGUCAUCCAGCUCACGUUCCCCGCGCACCUCGUCGCCGCUGCCGGGUCACAGCCAGGCAGCAGCUGCAGCGAGCAGUAACGUCUCCUCCCCCCACCCCUCUGCAAAUUCCUCCCCCCAAAUCCCUGAUUAAACCCUAGAAUUCCCUCCAAUGCGUGCUCCCUAGGCGGCGCCCUCGAAUUCGGCACACCUGCCCGGCGUACCAAGGUUUGCAAGCCAGAGAAAUAAAAUGAGCGCGGGUUUCAACAAGCAGAUCUUGGCUCAGAAACUUGCAAAGCUUAACAGCUCACAACAGAGUAUAGAGAGUAUCCUUAUUGAUAGUUUCAAGGCGUGGUCCUGCAAAUUUUAUCCAUCACAAUUAACUUAGUGCUUUUUUUCUUCAUGUGCUUCAGUGUAACUGUGGCGGUGUGACCUAACUGUUGUUCAGAAUGAAGAGGGCGGAUUAGACAUUUUCUAUUUACUCUCAGGACAAUACACAAACAGAACCAACUAAUAAUAUUCAUCAUAACUUCUCAGAUGACUUAAUUUCAAAAUUCAUUGGCUUAUAAGGUUUGCUAAGUGCAUAGUCAUGUCUCACAGCUUACAUAAAACUAUAAAAGGUUAGUGUUGUUAAUCUUACCAUUCCAGAGAACUGUUGUAAUGCAAUUUAUUCAUUCGGUAGAUGGCCGUCAUUCAUCAGUCAUCACUAUGAUCAGUUAAUAGCAUUAUGCUAGUCAUUCAUUGGCCCUUGCUCCAGUACACGGCUUCCUGAUCUGCGUACAAGGACAGCUUACUCUGCUGCUUUUGCUGUGUGAUUAUUUCCUCCUGUGCUACAUUAUUUUACUCACUCACAUAAUAUCAUGCUUAACAAAAAGAAAAGCUUUGUCACAUUGGUGUGUCUUUCAUCAUCGUUACUGCCGACAAGUUGUUGAAACAUGGGACUGCGAGUUUCGCUCAGCUCCUUGUGAGAGGAGGGUAUCUUUGUUGUACCUUGCAAAUGACAUUAUGCAGAAUAGCAGAAAGGAAGGUAGUGGAUAUAUAACUGAAUUCAUAAGGGUCAUCCCUGCUGCCUUGAAUGAAGUCUUCACCAACGGCGAUGAUUUUGGGCGGAAUGUUGUAAAAAGAUUGUGCAACCGAAAGGUGGGACUAAAUCCAUUGUGUGGGCCAUCAAAUAAGCUUUCCAACGGGUACUCACACGUUCGAAUCGGACUUCGUACGUGAGAGAUAUGGACUUUUUAAUCCAGGUUGACAUAUGGGAAGAUCGUAGAAUAUUUGAUAUUCAAGGACAAAGUCUUAAGGAUGACUUUUUUAGAAGGUUAAAGGACCUCAGAAACAAAUUGAAAAAACCUGGUGGAGAGUUGCUGGAGAAGGUUGUCUCUAGCUACAAGCAUGUGCUGAAUGCUCCUAUAGACGAGGACUAUCUGAUGCAAAAAUGCCAAGCUGCUCUUAGCAUUUUUGACAAUCUCAACGAAGCAUAUGGAAAUAACUCUUAUUUAGGUAGCAGGAAUGAAUCUGGCUUUGUGGAGGAGCUGCAGGAACAACGUAACAUUCUCAGAAACUCCAUUGAACAACUCAAAACGUCAGAAUCACUCAGGGCCACUCUGAUUUAUCAUUUGAAGGAGGCACUGAAUGAGCAGGAGCUGAAAGCGGAACAAGUCAGAAGCCAGCUUCAGGCAGCUCAAUCCCAAUACAAGAAAGCCAAUGAUCUCUGCCAAGAGCUUGGAAUUGAUGUGGAAAGGCAUCAGCCAUCUAAUCAAGGGCUUAAGAAGUCCAGUCUCUCUGAAAUGCCUGUCACGGGUGCCACACAUUCAGCUAACGCUGGUUCUCUUCAGAAGGGACAAUCAAGUGCAGUGAUGUAUUCACAGGUGGGAGAUGGUGAUGAGCGCAGUGCCACAGCUGCUAAUGUUGUGACAAAGUUUGCUGCAGGUGCUGCUUCAGAAGAUAUCCUCAGUGGUGUUUUAUCUUCACGAGCCAAUGGGGGCAGCAUUUCACAGAAAAUCGAAGAGUACUCUUCUGUUAAUAAGAGGCAGAAGCUAGAGGGUGACACAUAUAUCUCUCAGCCUCAAUCACAGCCACCACCACCACCACCCCCAUUCCCACAUCCUGAUACAUUUCAACCACCACCGCCACCUGAGUAUCCUCCAUCUCCAGAGCCUAGCCCACUGCCACCGCCAACUUCAACGCCACCCCAAAUAAUCCCACCACCACCGCCAACUUCAAUGCCACCCCAAAUAAUCUCAACUGUACCACCUAUAGCAGGUGCAUUUGUACCCUUUCCUGUUGGGCCUCCUGGUCCAAUGACUGGAAUGACAUUUGGCACUUUUCCAUCAUACACUCCUAUGGUUAACUUUACCAUGACCAACAUGCCACCGGUUUUUCCCGGUGCUCCAAACCCACCUCCAGCUUUUCAGGGAUUAGGGGGAACGUUCUAUGGCCCUCCUCCAUACCCCACAGCACCCCCACCAACAGACAGGAAAUAGUAGUCCCUUACCUGCAGAUCAGUAGCGCCAGCCAGCCCAUGGGAUUGUACGACAUGGAGCUUUACAUUGGUAAGUCUCAUAGACUUUGUUUUACUGAAGAAUAUGAUUGUGGUGAUGCCUCACCAGGGGUGUUGUGGAGCCGAGAAGAUUGUUGUAGUGUUGUACAUUUAGUCAGUAAGCUAGAUUUAGCGUGCAACAGUUGAUUUACCGUUCUAAUUGUUCUGGUCUUGGUUGUGGAGUAGAACCAGUAGAUUUCAACUGCUAGAGAGAAUAUGGAAUUCUGACAGCUGAGCGCAAAUUGCUUCAACAGUUAAAUUGACCGUUCUAGUUGUUCUGGUCCUGGUAAUAGAGUAAAAACUGUAGAAUUCUUUGACAGCUAGAGAGAAUAUGGAACUCGACUGCCCAUGGCAAAUGUCGUAGCAUGACAUGUUUGUAACUUAUUAUUAGCUGUGUUAUUUAUUUGAUAGAUCAUCCAAGAAUACAUAGUUGUUGUGAU